UUAGAGUUCGGACAAAUGGUACAUGUGCCUGCUCGACCGAGCAAUGGCACGACGCUAUCGUCCGAGGGAUUAUGGCUAGGCGCCUCUAAGUCAGGGUCUGUCAUUAUACGGUAACGAUACCGUUAAGUACUCACAAGUACUUGUCAGUGUGCCAUAGGUAAAACUAUGUUGGGGUAACCAAUUUUCACCUUUAAUGGAGAGAAAGCAUUGAGGUCUGGAUUGAUAAUAACAUCCAACCGGCUGUUCUGACCCUAAAUUUAAAACAAAUUUACGUUGGUCUGCCUGAAUACCAAAUGAUCCAAAGACGAGCCAACAAAUCAGUUUUUGUCACAAUAAAUCGCAUCAAUCAACCUUUUUGGAUCAAAUCUCAGUGGAACAAUAGGUAAGUAUCUUCCUCGUUGACAUCAUGACUUACAUUUUUUCAAAGUCGAGUUGCACUCAGACAAUGCGAAGAGUUGGAGAAGAGACAAACCUGAUUGAUAUCAUGAAAAGGCAAACCAUACAUUCUAGAAUCUGCGGUUGAACUUCUUACGAACCUUUCUUGCCUGCCACAAACAAACCUCAAGUUAAACUCUUUUGAUUUAACCCGUUUAUCGUCCAGAAACUUGGGUAUAAAAGUCAAUGUGAAAUUGGACAAAAGUAUCAUUCUUGCAACUUCAUUUGCUCUGAACACUUUCACCUUAAACAUCUUCUAGUUAUUACUCUAGUCUUUGUGAUACCUAAAACUACCUUAAAAGUACAAUAUGUAUAUCAAAUCUAUUCUCGUUCACAUCUUCUUCAUGGUUCAUUUUGCCAAUGCCAAUGUGCUUAAAGAUUGGUACAGUGGUUUGAAUAGCAAAUUAGAUGAUUUAAGUGAAAGUCUACACGAAAAGCCAACAGGUGAAUUGGUCGUUGGACUAGCUAAGCCUUCACCCAAGCCUUCACCUGAACCUGCCUACAAGCCUGCUGAACCAGUGGUUAAAAAGGAGGAAAAGAAACCAGAACUUAAAGAAAUUUGUACUUUAAGAUUAAGAGAUUCUGAUAUUGUGAUGCUCACAGUGGUUAAGAAAGCAACAAAGAAAGCCUUUGAACCAAUCUCAAUCGAUCCCCGUGCAUUGGAAUUGAAGUUCAUCGUUGAAAAAAGAAAAAAGAUUCAAUCUCUCAUUGGUGCUCUCAAGUCAAUUAAAUUAACGAAACAUUCCCAUGUAAACAAAAUUCCAAUCAACUUGCAAUUGGAUCCCAAAGCUUUAACUAAAUUACCAAAAUUAAGUGCUGAGGACUUAGUUAUCUUAACAAUCAUCAGACAACCCAAAGGAAAACCAGCAAAAGUUGUUUCCCAUUUUGUGGAUAAAAUAAGUGCUGCUCCAGUUUAUAAAGCUUAUUAAAUGAAGUAACUAUUGUAAAUUGUAAAUUUUGAAUAGACUGUCUAUUCAUUAUAAAUUGUGACUUAAAUCUAAUCAAUAAAUAAAUA